AUUUACAGGGCGACCCACCCUCGCUCUCACCGAGCAGACAGAACAGGGCAUGUAAACAUCCAUUCCAUCCAUGUCCAGGGAUCGAUCGCAUUGCAUCGUCUUUUCUUGUCAAUUUUAACGGCUACAACAACAAGAACAAGGACAUCUUACUCCUCUAUAUCCUACAUCCAACAACGACUCUAUAUACUCGACUGCCCUUCCUACAAACCUACCGCGAUAACCCAACCGAGAGCCAAGACAUGCGAUAUCGUCCGACCGCCUAAAACACAUCUGCCAUUAUUUUCCGCCAUCUCGUCAUUUGCCCGCAAUGACCAGGCCUCGCCGGCACUCCGGCGCGAGCGAGGAGAGCUCGGGUACGGCUCGGGAGCAGGUAGGCGAGAGGAACAUCGUUGUCGACGCGACAUCAAGCGGCUGACCAUGAUAAGGAGCUAGGGAGCAUGUAUGAUUACCUGGCCAAGAUUAUAUUGCUUGGGCCCAGCGGAACUGGAAAGUACGUCAUUACUCGACACACUUGGCGAGCAAGCGAGCGAUUGCAAACUCUCUUUCGCGAUAGUGGCGCUCCUACACCAAAGUCUUCGGCUGACCGUUUUGCGCUUUUAUAGGUCAUGCCUACUACAUCGUUUUGUCAAGAAUGAAUGGAGAGUCUUGUCGUCGCAAACCAUCGGCGUAGAAUUUGCUACAAAAAUCAUCAAAGUCGGUACCGGAUCAAGGCGGAAACGGAUAAAGCUUCAGCUCUGGGAUACGGCGGGAACUGAACGUUUUCGAUCAGUCUCUCGCUCCUAUUAUCGAGGCGCUGCCGGCGCUAUCCUCGUCUACGACCUCACCUCUCACGCAUCCUUCCGAAACCUACAACCUUUCCUAAAUGAUGCCCGAGCGCUUGCAUCACCGAACCUAAGCCUUAUGCUCGUUGGCAACAAACUCGAUCUUACCGAUACACUCGUCGACACAAGUCUUCCGCCCCCGACACCAACGAGCGUCACAUCCAACUCAACACUGACAUCUGGUAUGCUCGGCGCUGGAGGCAGCUCUUAUACAAGUACAGCCACGACCAGAGAUCGCGGGGCAUCCAUAAGCGCAGGAAGUCAACAGAGAGCCACAGUCGCACCAGAAGGCAGAGAAGUUACGCGAGCGGAAUCCAGUCGAUGGGCUAGCACGGCAGGAAUAUCGGUGGUGACAGAAGCGAGCGCAUUCAACGGCGAGGGCGUUGACGAGAUUUUUGAAAGACUAGCAAGAAUAAUUCUCACAAAGAUUGAAUUGGGAGAGAUUGAUCCUGACGAUCCAGCGAGUGGUAUCCAGUAUGGCGACAGCGGUGGGUGGAACACAGCCAGUGACGGAGGCAGUAUCAAGAGUUCUAUGACGGGCGCCACUGUGGACGAUGGUCAUAGCGGACUGAGAAGGAGGAGGAAAAAGAACAGGACGCAGAACUGGGGACUACGGGAGUGGGAAGAGGUUUUUACGCUGAGCAAUCGGCGGAGAGGUGGUGGUUGUUGUUGAUUGUUCAAGCUAUGUUUUACCUCUUUUCCGUUUGGAGCUCCCGGUAAUGGAUAGGCAGUGUUUGGAGAUAUCCGGUUGCAUGGUUAGACCGGUAGUGUUUAGGAAAACAUUCGUUCAUCAGCGUGUUUGGCGUUUGGAUAGACGAGAUGAAGCUGCGAACUGCACACGACUAAGCGAGUUCGCGAGCUGUACUUGAGUCCGAAUAAUGUACAUAGUAAUGUCAACUCUUUCUUAGAGACUUCGAGAAGAUACCACCCGUCGACAUAGCUGUUCGAUUUGAGCAAUAAUUACUCUAUUCUUCAGAAGCAAACAGUGAAGGUCAACACCAUCUAUACC